AAAAAAUUGUGUUUCACAUAGGUACACCAUAACAGACAUUUUAGCCGACUGACCUCUAAAAAUUGUUAUCUGUGUUCAGCCACUUGAUAUUAAGACACUUGAUUUAGACACUUCGGGACACUUGAUAUUUAUGAAUGUAACUUUUAGCUAUUGUUGCCUGCCAGCUACUAGUAGCUACUAUAGAAUAUCAUUGUGGUGUUACCUUGACUGCAGCCGGUAACACAACUACACAGUCAUAGUCCAACGGCGAUCGUCUCGUCCGCCUGUCCCGACUUAUCCCGACGGCACUAUGGGUUUAUCUGGCUAUUUACCAGUGCCAAACGUGGUCGUGCACUUGGUGGCAUCUGUCACCAUGGUGUAUUCUGUUUACUAUAACUACACGCACGUAAACAUACCAACCCACGUAAACCCUAUCCCCAACGCAUACGGUGGACAAUUCAAGUAUCUCACGUUUUUAGACGGAUGUUUCUUGGCUUUAUAUUUCACCUACGCAUUGAUUGAGGAUAUUUGUUCAAUUGUUUCCUCAUCCAAAACACCAACUUUUGACAAACUAUCUCAAGUGAAAAGCUGUUUCUUCGCAUGUAUUGUGUUUCCAGGGAGUACGUUUGUAUCCACGAUGUUUUGGGGCUUAUAUUUCCUCGAUCGCAAUUUGGUAAUGCCCAAAUAUUUGGAUGUCUACUUCCCCAGCUGGUUAAACCACACUAUGCACACGUUUGUGUCCGUGUUUGCUUGCUUGGAAAUGAUCACUGCUUACCGGCCGUACCCGUCUCGUGUUCAUGGAUUGCGAAUAACUUCAAGUUAUAUUUUAACAUACUUUGUAUGGAUUCAUAUUGUAUACAGCCAAUGUAAUUUGUGGGUGUACCCAAUUCUCAGUCAACUAAACAUGUUCUAUAGGACGUUAUUCUUUUUGGGGUUGUUCAUACACAGCGCCUCGCUGUAUUUAAUUGGAGAAUACACAAACCUAAAAUUGUGGGAUUUUCAACGUCAAAAGAUUCAAGAAAAACACCAAUAAAGAAACAAACUGAUCAACUAAAAUUGUUGCCUUUGAUUUUGUGCUAUUUUGCAUGUGUAAUACAUAAUAUUACCUACAUAUAUAAUAUUGUAUUAUUAAAUAUUGUAUGAAUUGUCAUAUGUGACCUUAAUGAACAUGCUGUUAUAAAUUAUUUUAUUUCCUCAUAUAUAAAUGAUGUAUCUUUAUUAAACUAUUCCUGUUUGUACAAUUAUUCAA